AUGGCCUUUCACUUCCGGGUGAUGGAGGCUUGGUUUAGGAUGGUGGUCUACGAUGGUGUCACAGUGGCGGACUCGUGCCCAGCUGUGAAGAAUUCGCUAAGUGCCACGCACAGACUAGGAAGCUCUACCAAGCAGUAUUCCUACGUCACGGCACUUAUCCGCUGUAUUGUCCCCACCAGACCUUCUCAAGUUCGGCAUGCUGCACUGGGAGCUGUUUCUAACACUCGCGAAGAAAUAUUUUCCAUCACAAUUGGCUCGAUGCAACAGGGUGUAGAUGCAACACCCCAGUACGAGCUUCCUUGUGCUAUUUUAGCUGUCGCACGUCUAAAUUAUGACCCAACAGUCUACGGCAAUAAUCGGUCCGGCGCUUCUUCCUCCUGCAAUCGAGACUGCUGCUAUGCCCGACUCAUCUUUACCCUGGCAAUGAACGAUAAGUGGCAUGAAUAUCUGAGCAGUCAUGGCCAUCUCGAGUGGGGCAUUUCUCUUGUUGACGCAGCUCAGGGGCUUGUACAUUGGGAUCUCGAAUGUUACCUCGCUGGGAUAUUCACGUAUACUGAUACCUUGGACAGGGUUUUCCCUUUCAAUUCUACCCAGGAGAGGCGGGGGACAUUCUUUUGGAAGGUUAUCUUCGCCUACUUGGCAAACCGGUGA